AUGCCGGAACACAGUGGUUUAACCCAGGGUGUCAAGCGAUCCACGUCAGACGUGGAGGCUGCCCAGUCAGCACCUUCAAACUCCAAGAGACUCAGGGUCGAUCAGUCACCAGAAACGAGCACAAGACGGGACACAAAGAAACGUAAGAAGAGGAGAAAGAAAGAGCCAGUAGUUGCAAAACUAGAUCGUCACCAUAUGCAGGACAGUUCGUCACAGCCUCAGCGGUUGCCAGUGUCAGCUCGCAAUGAAAUCAUUCGAUUUACCUCCACGCAGCUACCAGGAAGCAACAGCAGGGUCGAAGUCGAAGUCGGAGUUCCAUCAAACCCUCUUGGUCACGAGAACGCUGCCGAAAAGAAUUUCGAAGGGAAGUUACAAUCAGCUACCCUGAAAGGAAACGAUUCAUCAGAAACCGCUAAUUUUAGUGAUACGAAACAGUCCCCAAAUGUCAACUCGCAAAACUCCUCAGAUGUUGUCCCUGAAGGCAGGAUUUCGCAACUGACAAAGGAAUUAGCAGAGAAGGGCGAGCUUCUGGCUGCGCAUCAAGGUGUUCUCAACAACAUUUGCCAAGCUCUGACAUGUCAGAUUUGCCUCGAUGUGAUGUACAAGCCUUAUGCACUCGCUCCGUGCGGUCAUGUGGCUUGCUACGAUUGCCUUGUUCAAUGGUUUAACGCUCCGCCUGCUGAUAAUAGACCUGCCGUACCUGCCAUUGUACGGAAAAAGACAUGCCCACAUUGCCGAGCAGUCGUGCGAGAUCGUCCCGCAGAAAUAUGGACUAUCAAGAACCUAGCACACCUCAUUGGGAAGAGCGGUCUUGCCAAUGUGCUUCCUCAUCCCGAGGCGCAAGCUAACGUUGACCGGCCUGGGGAUGCAGAUCCUUGGGAUGGCAUCUUCCGGAAGUCGGUCCAUGGUUUCCUUCCCUGGUUACUUGCAGAUGACGCAGAUGCCGAACCCCGUCGCGGAGAAGACGUCGGUAUGCUUGAUAUGGAGGAUGGAGGGAUAUACCGAUGUCUGGACUGCAUGCAUGAGAUUUGGGAUGGUGUGUGUACGUCAUGCAGUAGGCGGUAUCCUGGCCACGAAGGAGGGGAGGAUUGGUCGGACGAUGAACUCGGUUUGGACUUUGGCCCGGGAGUGGAAGAGUUUGACCCUGAAGAUGACCCAGGCUGGAUAGGUCUCGAAGAAGGCGAGGGAGAUGACGAAGAUGAUGGUUUGGCAAUUGCCGAUUGGUACCCAGGUUUGCCAGUGUUCCGUUGGCGCGUUGGCUUUGAUGAGCAAGAUGAAGAGGAAGAUGAGGAAGACGACGAAGACGACGGAGAUGAAGAAGCUGUUUAUGAAAGCGAUUUCAUCGAUGACGAGCACGACACCGGAAUUCCUCCAGGCCCUAUACGACAGCUGCCACACAUAUAUGAGCUUAGCGAUGACAGCGAUAAUGAAGACCGCCGUUCGCUGGUAGAUGUUGAUCUUCUCUCCGAGGAAGACGAGCCAUCACUUGCCAGUCGACCGGGGCGAACGGCACCCAUCGUAGUUUCCUCUGACGAAGACGAGGAUGAGCUCGAUGGCGUUUUUGCUAUCCGCCCCUCACGUCCGAGACGUGGACGCCUUGUUGAGUCUGAUGAUGAGGUUGAGGUAUUGGGUUCAUCGGACGGCAGUAGCCAGUGA